AUGUCCGAGUUCGAGCCUGCCAGUGUGAGGUCUGGCCUUGAGGAAUACGAGAGGGAAGACGAUGGCAGACCGACGUUCAUGCUGAGCAGGCGAGAGAUGAAGCUGCUAAGUAUCACCGGGGUCGGAUUCUUCCUAGAUGCGUACGACCUGUUCAUCAUCAACCCCGUAUCAACAAUGCUCCAGUACCGCCUGUACGGAGGCGCAGCCCUCCCGGCUGGCUUGCAGGGCCUCCUCAAGGCCAGCGCAAACAUUGGGAGUGUCGUGGGCCAGUUUGGGUUCGGGUAUGCCGCAGAUUACUUUGGUCGAAAGGCUAUAUAUGGAAAGGAGCUUAUGCUCAUCAUCUUCGCCACCAUUAUGUGCAUAUCAGAUCCGACUGGCGACCUCUCACCCUCAGGCUCGCUCAUUUGGCUAUCAGUGUUCCGCAUCAUCCUUGGUAUAGGAAUCGGUGGAGAUUAUCCUAUGUCCGCAUCCGUGACAACAGACCGAGCGAACCUGCGCAGGCGCGGGACGCUGCUAGCGUACAUUUUUGCCAACCAGGGCUGGGGCUCCCUGAUUGGAAGCUUGAUGGUCAUCGUUGUCCUCGCAUGCUACAAGCACGUCAUGGAGACUGAGGGCGAGACGAGCAAGGUCGAUGGAGUGUGGAGAAUCCUGGUCGGACUCUCGCUCGUCCCUGCAUUCGGAACGCUCUACCAGCGGCUAACGUUGCCAGAGUCCCAAAAAUACCAAGCAGCGAAGAAGGGCGCAGAUCUCGAAGCAGAUUCGAUAGAGGAACUCAAGAAAAAGGCUGACGCCGAUCCCGCAGUGUCCGAAAGUGUGCAGCCCGUCGAUAGCUCCCCACCCUUGUCCACAACCGCGUCGGAGACGCAGUCUAGUGUCCACGAAAAGGCCCAUUCCCCACAGCCUAAACGCGCAUACUGGGCCGAGUACGUGCAGUAUUUCUCCGAGUGGCGACAUUUCAAGAUUCUCCUCGGGACAUGCUCCUGCUGGUUCCUGCUCGACAUUGCAUUCUACGGCAUCAACCUGAACCAGAACGUCGUCCUAGAGCAAAUCGGCUUCGCCGGAAACUCAGGCUCACCGUGGACACGUCUUUUCAAGAUCGGCAUUGGCAAUCUCAUCAUCACCGGGCUUGGUUUUCUACCUGGGUACUAUGUGACCAUAUUGACAAUCGAAAAGCUUGGCCGCAAAUGGAUCCAGAUCCAGGGCUUCCUCCUCGCGGCUCUCUUUCUGGGCAUUCUCGCUGGCAUGUUCCAUACGCUGAGCACGGCCGCGUUCAUAGUAAACUUUGCUCUUCUCCAGUUCUUCUUCAACUUCGGUGCCAACGCAACAACAUAUUGUUAUCCUGCCGAAGUGUUCCCUACACGCUUCCGUGCGUCGGCACACGGAAUGUCUGCUGCGUGCGGCAAAGCGGGGGCGAUCAUCUCUGCUCUCGCAUUCAACUCGCUCAGCGAGUCGAUAGGCACACCCGCCGUCCUCUGGAUCUUCUUUGGCUGCUGCAUUGCAGGUGCAGUAUGCAGCUUGCUUCUCCCCGAAGUGCGCAACCGCGACCCAGAUCUUGUCUAUGCGCAAGAGGAGCGCGAGAGGCGUCAAAACUAG